UUUGAAUAUGCCUAUGGAUCUCUCCAUCAUCACGACUUCUGACACAUUUGACUCAGGACGAUGAUGAAUAGACAUGUGGUCUAUCCAUAAACUGAACGCUAAGGGAAAGCGAACCAAUGAAGGAUACCCUGAUGUGCCCUCCAGUCAAGAUGCUCUACAGAAUCUCCAGACGACAUUCGACGAGCAGUGGGGCUUUACCGCCGAGGACCUCGAGCGGUUUCCAGCUUUGAGAAAGCGGAACUUCUGGUGCAUACAAAGGCAUCAGGCUAGGGCUCUACACUAUGAUCUACGAAUGCAGCUUGAUGGAGCGACCUAUAGCUGGGCCAUACCUCGAGGUCUGCUGGGCAUGUCCAAGGAUGGCGAAGUCAAUCGUCUAGCUGUUGAGACUACCUUGCAUCCUAUCAGCUACACCACGCACGAAGGUGCUGAUGGACGAUUGCUCCCGUCGGGGGAACGAGGCGGUACAUUACUCUGGGACAUUGGGACCUAUACAAUAUCUUAUCCUUGGACUGGUGAAGGAUCCGAUAGUGAUAAUGAGCGAGAAAGACGCAAGAAGAAGCGGAGGUCGAUGAUCGGGAUAGAGAGCGCAAUACAUGAAAGCAACUCUGAUGACCCGAAUGGACGUCAUGAGGAGGACAAGUUCAGACAGGCAAUGCGUCGAAAAGUUCGCAUGGGGAAAUCGAGAAGCAUCCAUUUCACCCUGUCAGGAGGAUACAAGAUGACCAAUCAUCAUUAUAUUCUCGUGCUGUCUGGUGGAAACACAUGGGCACCAACUUACUCAGACGGAUAUCCAUGGGGUCCAGGCGGUGAAGAAGGCGAGGAAUUUGGUCGCAGUGUGAAGAGUUUGCGCAGGGCCAAAGACGGCCCCGAGGAUCUGGAACACCGAGCAUGACAGAUUUGUCAGCUGGAAAGAGGAUGAAGACAGAGGCGACGCGAAGCAGGGGGAUGGGUGAAGCGGUUUCAUGUGAGACUUGAUUUCGCCAAGGGGCAAGUGUCCUUUGAGCUGAGUUGGAGUCGCAACAACGACGA